UGCUGGUCCCACAGUGUGACCUGGGUCCCUGUACCGCCUCCCAUUGCUCCCACUCUGCCAUGUGCCACUUUGAGGUCUCCUCACACUCCUGCGGUUUUCCAUUUUGUCAUAGGUUGCUGGCAGAUUACAGGCCUCCCAUAGGUGCUGCCAGGCCCCAAAUCUGCCAUGGGCCCCCGUACCGCCUGGUCACGCUGCUGCUGGGCCCACAGUGUGACCUGGGUCCCUGUACCGCCUCCCAUUGCUCCCACUCUGCCAUGUGCCACUUUGAGGUCUCCUCACACUCCUGCGGUUUUCCAUUUUGUCAUAGGUUGCUGGCAGAUUACAGGCCUCCCAUAGGUGCCGCC